UUUAUUUCAAUUUGACGCAAUCGUCGUUGUUUUGUCAGUGACAGCACGUCAGUUCGUUAGUUCGGUGGUUUCGUUGGGUUCGUGCUUUGCGUAAAGGGCCAAAAGUGCACGCGUAGUGUUUAGAGUGUAUUAAAAGUGCAAUCGAAGUGAAAAAAACAGUGCAAAAUGACGAGCAGAAUGGCAGGGCAGACUAUUAACGACAGGUUGUUGGCCGCAAGACACAGCAUUGCCGGCCAAGGGCUAGCGAAAGCAGUCUGCAAAGCGACUACGGAAGAAAUGAUAGGGCCCAAGAAAAAACACUUGGACUAUUUGACACACUGCACAAACGAACCAAACGUCUCUAUUCCACAGUUGGCAAACCUGCUGAUAGAAAGAUCUCAAAACACGAACUGGGUGGUGGUGUACAAAGCUUUGGUUACGGUCCACCACAUGAUGUGCGCUGGAAACGAGAGAUUUACACAAUACCUUGCCUCCAGUAAUGCGACGUUUCAACUAAGCAAUUUUCUAGACAAAGGUGGAGUACAAGGAGCGCAUUCAAUAAGGACCGGUUAUGACAUGUCGCCUUUUAUAAGAAGAUAUUCUCAAUACUUAAAUGAAAAGGCAAUUUCCUACAGAACUGUGGCCUUUGACUUUUGCAAAGUUAAAAGAGGGAAAGAGGACGGCAUGUUGCGCACAAUGAACGCCGACAAAUUGCUGAAGACGGUGCCCGUGUUGCAAGCGCAGCUGGACUCUUUGUUGGCGUUCGACUGCUCAGCCAACGAUCUGACCAACGGCGUGGUCAACAUGUGCUUCAUGCUGCUGUUCAAGGACCUGAUCAGGCUGUUCGCCUGCUACAACGAUGGAAUCAUCAAUUUGCUAGAAAAAUACUUCGACAUGAACAAAAAACAAUGCAAAGAAGCCCUGGACAUUUACAAGAAAUUUUUAAUCAGAAUGGACAAGGUGGCAGAAUUUUUGAAAGUAGCAGAGAACGUUGGUAUAGAUAAAGGCGACAUACCAGAUCUAACUAAAGCGCCAAGUAGUCUGUUGGACGCCUUAGAACAACACUUAAAUUAUCUUGACGGAAAGAAAACUUCAACGUCAUCUGCAACCGGAUCCCAAACUUCAAGUAGCAACAAAAAGAACGUCAAGUCCGCUGUAUCGGCUCUAUCGUCGACUAGCAACGCAUUCGGUAACGUGGUGGCAAACGGGCGUUUCGACGCGCCAUCUAACGGUAUCGACGAAAACCUGAAGCUGCAAAUUUUGGCCGAAGAAGAGGCGGCCAUCAACCAAUUCAAAGUAACCUCCAAAGUGAGUUCGCCCGCUUCCUUGAACAAUCCGUUUUUGAGUAACUCUUCGUCGAGCGCGACGGUAUCUUCAGUUUCUGCAGGAGGUCCAGAUCCGUUUGCCUCCUCAGAGCAAAUUAUCACCUCAGCACCAAGAGCUUCAGAGGAUUUGCUGCAGCUUGCUAAUCCUUUCUCUGAUCCUUUCGUUCAGCAAGGACAAACUCAGCAAGUGCAGCAAAACGCGUACAAUCAAAUAUGGUUGAGCAACAACGGUAACGGUUUUGCCCAGACUCCAUUAACACAACCACCUGUUUCAAAUGGGGCGUUUGUAUCGGAAAACAGUUUUGCUUCAGUUUUUGGGAAUUCGGAAGUUAAAACAAGCGGAGGGGGAUUCGACGCGUUGGGGGGCGUUCUCCAACCAAUGAACACCGUCAACGGCGACAACAAAAUCAACAACGGCAUGCAAAACAUGAACGGAAACAACCUUAACAACAACAACAGCCCGCAAAAUAACAACGGUCUUCUUACUGGGGACCUGGAGUCAAGUCUGGCCUCCUUGGCGGAAAAUCUGACGAUAAAUAACAGAACGGCACCUGUAAAGGGAAUUCAAUGGAAUUCUCCCAAAAACGGUUCUAAACCUAGCAACAGUUGGUCCCCUCAGCCAAUAUCGGAUACCACAGGUGCUGGUUAUAAACCAAUGAACCAACAGUUGGCUCCUUCACCGUUUGGGGUUGCACCUUUGCAAGGCCAAAUAUAUCCUCAAAUGCAAAUGAUGGGUUUGCGUCCAAUGUCCACAAACCCAAUGGUACCAACAAUGGGUGCUGUACCGCAGAACCCAAAUCCCAUGGGCCAUCAGUCUUUGCUGUUCCAUUAAAUCCCCCACACUGAAAGUAAAUACAAAGUGUUUAUUUUUUGGUAUGCCAUCCUAUUGUGUGCGUGUAAAUAGAAAAAUUAUUAACUGAGGGUACAAUUAUAGCUGUAAUUUUGUACAUAUCCAAUAUUAUUAUUAAUGUAAUUAUAUCAUAUCUGAAAAAAAUCGUAUAUUAAGGUAGAUGAAGCCCCGAAUUUUCGUUGCGAUUUUUUUUAAGUUUAUAAUUAUUUAAGGCCGUCCAUAUGUAAUAUGAACGUACUGUUUUUUUACAUACAUGCUGUGUUUCUGAAUUAAGAUUUUAAUAUAUUUAUUUUGGUCAUUUUAAAAGUUGAAAGGUCCUUUAAACUAAUACACUCUGGUGAUAAAAUGUGAUGGGUAAUUUAAAGUUAAAAAAGCUUCCAUGGGGUACUUUAAAUAAUUAAAAUUAUAAUGUAUCAUUAUAUAAAUUAUUUUAUCCUUUCCAAUAGCCACACUAAAAUUUGUUUUAUUAACCACCGUUCUAAAUAUACUGUAUAUACUAUGAAACUUAACUUUUAUCAUGUGUGACAAUAAAAACUCACCAAGACAAGUCAUAUAUGUUUGAUACAUACAUAAGUAAUCUAAGGAAUUGUAUAUUGCCAUAUAAAUAUUUUAAGCACUUUUGGGUUAGUCAAAUUGGCUGAUAGACUCUAGACUUAAAAACAUGAGUGUAUAAUAUAUUAUGUAUUACUUAUGUGGAGUAUAUGCACUGUUUUAUUGUUGUUUUUAUUUUUUGUCAUCUUAAUUGUGUAAAACUUGUUUUCUUAUUAGGAUUAGAGCCUUCUACUAAUUUUUAGCUUCUGUAUAGAUACUUGGUAGUUACUCUGUUAAAUGUAUAAAUAAAAAUAUCUAUUUAAG